AUGACUCGAGACUCUCCCUCGGCCGCCCGCAGCUUCGCAACAAUAGCAGCUGUCGACAUGCUCGUGGGAACGCAGGCCCCCAGCAACGCUCGGUGGGCACCUGUUGCGCUCAAGUCGGGCAAAAUGCGACAUGCAUGCGAGCUUGAAGGUGACCACUCUAGUCACAAAUCUCGUGUGGCGCAGUCGCGCGCAUCAGAGCCUUCCAACGAACGAUUGCUAGCCUUUCGCGAGAGACCAACGCUUGGCACAGCCCUGCGAUAUCGUCAUGGUCGACGUUGCUCCGAGGCCAAGCGAGGCUGCAAGUCUAGAAUCGAGCUGAGUGUCAAUCCCUCGCUCUCCGCACCUCGCAUCAACUCUGGCAUCGCAUCCAAUGUUGGUCGACAGCGACGGAACGCGCUUGCCAGGGUACUAGCUCUAAUCUUUCAAUGCCUUCUGCCAUUUCGCAGGCUUGUCCGCGGUACCGACGUGGCAGCGAUCCUGCCCGAGAGCGACAACGAUGGCGUCGCCGUCCCGAUGUUCCCGUUCUCUCUACGAUGGAUCGAUUUGGGAUACGCUUCCCACUCGUACCGAGAGAUCGACCGAGCAACGUUGCAGUCUAGACUGCACUCUAUGCUCAUCGGCGCGCGCACGGUGGAAAUGGUUAUUUCGUGUUACGCCGCACUGUUCGCCGAACUUCGAAAUCUACCGCUCUCUACAAUCGUCAACGGAUCCAAAGAACUGCGGCCGGGAUAUAACGGUCCCGCAGCCAAAGCAAGUAUGCCCGGAAUCAACGGGAGCAUCCAUGCCGCCGCUUCGGACGAGGACUACCCGAGCUACGAUGCGGAAGCGCUGCAGCUUCCGCCGCACCUGCUGCUCGAUGCCUUCCACGGCCUCAACGUGUGUGCGCCCAUGGUGCGCUACUCGAAGCUCGCCUUUCGCGCGCUCGUGUCGCGCUACGAGACGCACAUUACCACCACGCCCAUGAUCCUCGCGCGCGAGUUCAGUCGCACCGAGGCCGCGCGCAACUCGGAGUUCUCCACCAACGCAUACGAGCGCGGCACCUUUUCGCUCGUCCCCGGCAUUGCCGAAGGGUCCGAGUCUUCACAGCGUCGACUUGCUGUCGCUAGCUCUCAGAAUACCGACACCACUUCGAACGCACAAGACGAGACGAGCGGGGAAGCCGAGAGGGAAAAAGCGGCGCGGCGGGCGAGACAAGGCAAGCAAAGUGUACGAGUACGCGGCGCGCUUGUGGCGCAAUUCGCCUCGAGCGAGCCGGGCGCGUUUGCCGACGCCUCGGAGCUCAUCGGGCUCUUCGUUGACGGUGUCGAUCUGAACUGCGGAUGUCCGCAACCCUGGGCCUACGAGGAGGAGCUGGGAUCGUAUCUGCUGCGCCAGCCGGAGACGGUGCGCGACAUGGUGCGCGCGGUCAAGGCCCGCAUGGGCGAAGACUUUUGCGUGAGCGUCAAGAUCCGUGUGGAUCCGGAUCUGAGCCUCACCGACGCGCUGGUGCGCAAUGCGCUGCAUGCGGGAGCGUCGGUACUGCAGAUCCAUGGGCGCACGCGCUGGCAGUCGUCUGCGGGGCAUCCGGUGGAUCUGGACGCGAUCAAGUUUGCCGUCGAGUCGGCCAAUGCGUGUGGAUUCCGCACCGCGUGGGGCUCGCGCGGCGGAGCAGCCGCCCAGUUCGCCGAUGGCGGCAGUGGAGGUUUGGUGCCCUGUGUGGCGAAUGGCGAUGUGUGGACGCUGGACGAUGCGAUCAAGUACCGCAGCCAUACGGGAUGCAGCGGCGCGAUGAGCGCACGUGGAUUGCUCGCCAACCCAGCGCUGUUUUCGGGAUACGACCAGACGCCCGACGAGGCUGUCGAGCUCUUCCACUCGCUGGCUACGUCGUGGGGCCUGCAUACGGCGUUGAUCCAUCGACACCUUGCAUACAUGCUCGAGGCGUCGUUCCAGAGCCGUGCGGAAGCCGUCUACUUUAACUCGCUCAGCGGCGCAGCGGCGCUGACCGACUACCUGGCCGAUCAAGGCUUCCUCUCGACGCGCAGCACGCACGCCGACCCGCUAGCGGCGCGCUUUGGAUUCGCACUCGCUUCUACCCCGCUUGCAGCCGCGCGCGUCGGCCCGCAACGAAUGUGGCCACUGGCCGAUGUGCUUGCCGGGACAGGCCUGUCCACGUAG